ACAAGGACAGGAGCGGUAUGUAGAUCUUCCAAUUUUGUGAAUGGAGUGAGUAUUUUUGAGAAGACUUUACGGGAUGUGUCACAAAGGUGUUGGAGAAGAAGCAACGAGGUCUGUCUGAGAAGGAAAGAAGCUGAGCAUGUACAACUAAUCAGAUGCAGAGGCUGCCAUGCCAUGUGAUGUGCAAAGCUUUGGAUGGAACGAUGAACUGAAACUGAGAACAUGUGGAAUUCAAACAGGAUGCCCAGAGCAUGCUGUCCUGAUGCAAUCUGAGAAGACACCUUCACGUAAGCGGCGAUAUACCUCUUUUGGAAGACACAGGUCUCUCAUUUUUAUGCGACCUGCUUUUAUCUGAUGCACAGUGAAAGUUCAUGAAAAGUAAAUGGAUUUGGAGCAAAUAAGACCAAAGCCAUCGCUGUGCACCCCCCCUCCGAACAUGAUCUUGAAAUUUUGAUUAGUUCCGUUUUGUCUCACUCAGACUCCCGCAGACUAUGAGUGGUGCUCUGUGCAGCAUUAGCUCUGGCAACUCUCAUAUGCUGUCCUGUGUUUGUCUAGAGUGUCUUGUGUUUUGAUUCGGACUAUAGAAGCCAAGAGGUCCCAAUUCUAGAAGCAAAACAUGGUGCAUGUUUUUGUUUGGUGACAUACUAAUAUGAACUGAUUUUUUGGAGACUUUUGCAACACUUGAAAUAUAAUUUUUGUGGACUCAGGAGAAGGAAACCGUUUGAUCUUCAUUUCCUUAUCCCACAACCCCUUCUACAAUCCUGCACAUUUUACCCUUGAGAGGACAGCUUAAGAAAUUGGUCGACUUCACUGCAGGUGCUGUGGACAAUAUUGCCAGCUGACCUUCAGCACAGAUAUGCAAACCUUUUGUGACCAUUGCUGUUUCCAGCAGCCCUAAUUUUGUUUUGCGAAGGGAAAUAUCUCUGUCUUACAAUUACUGAACUGCUCCUAAGCAUGACUGAUUUCAGAGGAGUGCAAGGCACUUUUUUUUAUUCUCCUUACAGACUCUAUUGAUUUUUGCCAAUGCUCAGUUCAUUGAGAUCCAGCCAUGUGAAAGACAGAGGUAAAGGGGAAAAGACAGAAGAUUGAGUUCUGCUGGAAGAGAUUACUGAGAAAGCAAGGACACAGGAUUACGUUGCAGGCCAUCAGCACUGCGUUUAGGACAACUGAACCUUAUCCAAGUGGACAAGGUCCGGGACAAUGAACCGGUCAGAGCUGAUUGAACCGGUCCCCAAUGUGAACAGCAGCCUUAGCAAUCACUUCAGUGUGUCCCUAAACCACUCCUGCCCCCUAGGCUGGGGGCAGAACAAGGUCAUGGAAGCUUGCUUCUUAGAGACUGCGGUCAUUGUGUUGCUGACGGUGCUCAUCAUUGCUGGGAAUAUAACGGUGAUCUUUGUGUUUCAUUGUGCCCCAUUGUUACACCACUACACCACUAGUUACUUCAUCCAGACUAUGGCCUACGCGGAUCUGUUGGUGGGGCUAAGUUGCCUGGUUCCCACCCUUUCCCUGCUCCAUUACCCAGCUGGUGUCCAAGAACCACUCACCUGUCAGGUGUUCAGCUACGUCAUCUCUGUACUCAAGAGCGUUUCGAUGGCUUGUUUGGCUUGCAUUAGUGUGGACCGUUAUCUGGCUAUUACUAAGCCCCUCUCCUACAACCAGCUUGUAACACCCUGCCGCCUUCGCUGCUGCAUCGUUCUCAUAUGGAUCUACUCUUGUGUGGUGUUUCUCCCAUCUUUCUUUGGCUGGGGUAAGCCAGGGUACCAUGGGGAUAUCUUUGAAUGGUGUGCCCACUCUUGGCCCACAUCUGCACUCUUCACUGGCUUUGUUGUGUGCCUGUUGUACGCCCCUGCUGCCCUGGUGGUCUGCUUCACCUACUUCCACAUCUUCCGCAUCUGUCAGCAGCAUAACCGAGAGAUCAGUGAGCGACGGGCACGCUUUCCCAGUCAGGAGAUGGAAACUGCCGAAGGGGGCAACCAUGCAGGCCACGGGCCAGACCGGAGAUACGCCAUGGUGCUCUUUCGGAUUACCAGUGUUUUCUAUAUGCUUUGGCUCCCCUACAUUUUCUAUUUCCUUCUGGAGAGCUCUCAUGUGCUGGACAGCCCUGCCCUCUCCUUUGUGACCACCUGGUUAGCAAUUAGCAACAGCUUCUGCAACUGCGUCAUUUAUAGCCUGUCCAACAGCGUAUUCCGGCUGGGGAUGCGUAGACUCUCACAAACGCUCUGCUCCUCCUGCUCUUUCAGCCCCUGCACACAUGAUGACAAGGACUUUGGAGAGCCAAAGCCAAGAAAGAAAGCCAACUCCUGCUCCAUCUGAAGAUCUUUAAGGGUUGCUUGGAUCAGUCAUUAGCUGCUAAAUGCUGUUGCAAUGGAUUUGGCCCAGAUUUUAAUGUAAUUGUACCUCUAACUACAUUGUGGUUGUUUCUUAUACAGAGUUAGAAGAAACUAGCAACACUGAGGAUGAUAAAGUUGUCUAAUAGUCAUGUGGUCUACAUUCCCUGUAAAUAUUAAGAUGACACCUGCCUUGGCCCUGUAAAUACCACAGAAUGGUCACUAGCCACAACUUGUUUGACAACCUAGAGAUAAGCAGUUUUUAGAGCAUUUGUGAGCAAAAGACAAAGCCAGGGAGUGAGUUCGCAGCUCUCGCUUGUGAUGGCUCUUUCCAAAUAAAGAGCACACUUGCUAAUUUUAGAUACAUAACCCAUGUUGCUGGAUUGAUUGUUUUGAUGUUUGUUGAAUUAGAUUUGUGUCGCAGCUGUAACUGUAAAAACAGUUGCUUUACAAGAUGAUGAGAGCUUAAAGACCUUAACUAGCUGAUUUUAGCAAAGGUCUUCUCCUAGUGGCUUUUAUGGUACAGUUUGUCUUGAAUCUUAAUCACAGGCAAUUCAUGUCAAAAGCGAUGUAGCAAAGGACAAACAGCUUGGUCUGUAUUUAUUUUUUCAAAAUCUUCAUUUUAGAUCUGAUCUUUUUGUAGGAAAUCUUAAAAUACCAUAUGCGCACAAUAUCAACAAAUGCCUGUAAUAGAUGUGGACUGUAGUUUAGAUCCUCAGUGGUGUAAAGCCUUAGCUGUUUGUAAUUAGACCCAUUUGCCUGCAGUGACCCUUUGAGAAACAUGCAGGAAAGCACGUUUUAUUUUUUAAUUCAUAUUUCUGCCAGAUCAGCUUUAACUUAACUUGACGUUCAUAUUACCUUGAGCUGAGCUUUUUUCGCUCACUUUAAUGUAUGAAUGUCCUAAACAAUUUUUUUGUCUGAAGUCUACAAAUGUAAUUUUCAUUCUUACAAUGUUUUAUCUCUCUCAAAGAGAUGUUUAAUUUAUUUUUAUAGUUUUUUGUUUGUUUGUUUCUUUGAGAGAGAGAGUUUUAAACAGGUGAUGGGAGAAUAUAAUUGUUUUUCAAAUUCAAAUGCAUGUAAAUUAUACAGAUAUUUUUUAAAUACCCAUAAAACUUGCAUACAUAGAUCGUGUAGUGUUAUUUUUUUCUUUAUUCUGUUCUCGUUUAUACACUCCAGUUAUUAUUUUCAUUACAAUUAUUUUCCAAAGAUUUACUGAUUUACUGCAUAGUUGUGUUACUGUCCCUAAAAAAUUAUACUACUUGUCAUAUUGAAUUCUGCAAUGAGAAUUUUUGUUAUUAUGCAUUAGCCAUUAUUUUUGUAAAGAUACAGAGAAUACAAUAUAUGGCUGCUUCUUUUUGUAUUAUAAUACUUGGGUAUUGUUUGGGGCAGAGUUAAACUCAUUGCUUGAGUCUGGUAUUGGUGGUUUAGAAUUUUUUUUGUGCAUAUUUCAGUUUGUUUAUGCCUGUAAACUUUAUUUGCUGAUGGAUGUUACAGCCCUGUACAUGCUGAACUUCACAGCUCUAAAAAAAAAAAAAAAUCACAAUACAACAACUAGGCUAGUUGAUGUGCAUUAGAUAAUGAAGAAAAGAAAAAGAUAAGAAUAGACUCACUUUCAAAUUAAAUGGUGAGGGUGUUCUUUUGUAAUUCUUGACAACUUAAGAGUAAUUUUACUAUUUAUUUAUUUAUUUUUCAAUCUCCUAUGGAUUUGAAACCGAUAAAAUAGCAGUAUAUUCCUGUAUUCAUUUUGCUGAUAACAUUAUGAUGUUUCUGUCCAUUUUUUUCUUGAUUGGGAGAAUAAAAGAGAAUAAAAACACAGUAUAUAUUUUUUUAGUUCAGAGAUUUGUUUGUUUGUUUUUUGUGAGACAUUUUGGUUUUGGUGUUGCUGCCAGUACAAUAAAUGUGAACCGUAAACACUGA